AUGGCCCAGACAAAGAAUCUGCUUCUGUUCAGAAAAUGGGACAUAUCAAAGAUCGAGGUCAGGGAUCCUGGCCUCAAGACCGCCAUAUCCAUGAAGAAGAUGAUCAUGCCCAUGACCUUUGGUCGCUCUGCACUCAAGCGCUUCAACAAGGCAGACGUAAACCUAGUGGAGAGGCUGGCAAACAAGAUGAUGCAUUUUGGCAAGAGGUACGCAAAGAAUACGGGCAGAAUGACCGGCAAGAAGAUGAACAUCUUCAACACGGUAAAGGUAGCCUUUGAGAUCAUACACAUCAAGACCGGCAUGAACCCCGUGGAGGUUCUGGUGCGGGCAGUGGAGAACUCUGCGCCCAACGAGGACACCACGAGAAUAGUCUACGGCGGCACCGUAUACCACGUGUCGGUGGAUGUGGCACCCAUCAGACGCGUGGAUCUGGCCCUGAGGUUUAUCGCAGACGGCGUCAAGGAGGCGACCUUCUCCAACCCAAAGCCAAUCGAGGAGCACCUGGCCGAGCACCUCAUCCGGGCGCAGAACAACGAUUCCGACGCGCCAUCGGUAAAGAAGAAGAACGAGCUGGAGAGAAUAGCACAGGCCUCAAGAUAG